AUGGUAAAAGGAGAUCAGUGGCACGGUUACGAUAAUGAGGAAACUAUUAAAAUUAAAAUGAAAUGGCUGAAAGAGAAAGGUUAUGGCGGUGCCUUCAUAUGGGCUCUUGAUUUUGAUGAUUUUAAGGGUACAAGUUGUGGCAAAGGUCCCUAUCCACUGUUAAAUGCUCUUAAUAAUGAGCUUCGAGACGGCUUCGUAUUUUGGUCAUCAAUGUUGGCAAAAUCAAAUAAUGAAAUAUUGAGGAAAACAGGGAGAGCCUCAGGAAGUAGUGAAAUUGAAACGAUCAAAAGUGGUUUUGAAACAGUACGAAGAACUUCUGAUAUAAAAUGUUUGGAGUCAUAUGGUCUGUUCCCGCAUCCUGACGAUUGCCAUUUAUUUAUUCAUUGCGCAAAUGACUAUCCAUACGUGAAACAAUGUCCGCUACAUACCUUUUUUAAUGAUGAUAUCAAAAUUUGCGAUCACUUAGUAAAUGCGCCGAUCACAUGCAAAUGA